CUUUUAGAAAAUGUGGGAAUGGUUAGCCUCGCAAUUAGAUAUGAUGGAUAUCAUUAUCCUAGCAUCACUAAUGAUUGGAGGCCUAUAUUUUGUACUAAAAUAUCGUCUAGGAUCGGGUCCAUCAAGGUAUUCUCCCAAUAUAACACCAAUAACUCCCAUAACCAAGCCGAAGGAUAUGUCUUUCAUUGCUCGUAUGAAAAAUGAAAAUAGACAAGUAUUGAUUAUGUAUGGCUCACAAACGGGUACAGCUGAAGAGCUUUCUGGUCGUUUAGCAAAAGAUUUCACACGAUAUGCGAAGAAGGCUUUGGUCAUCGAUCCUGAAGAAAUUGAUGUUGAUGACAUGGCACGACUUCCCGAAAUUGAAAAUUGUUUGGUAGUAUUCUGUAUGGCCACAUAUGGUGAAGGUGACCCAACAGAUAACGCCCAACAACUUUAUGAAUACAUCACUACGACAGACAUCGACUUCAAAGGAGUCAAGUAUGCAGUCUUUGGGCUGGGUAAUAAGACCUAUGAGCAUUUUAAUGCUGUCGGCAUACUUUUCGAUAAGCGUAUGGAAGAGCUGGGAGCAGAAAGAGCAUUUGUACUCGGUCAAGGAGACGAUGAUGCGAAUCUUGAAGAAGAUUUCCUGAGAUGGCGCGAGGCUUUCUUACCCACUGUCGCGCAACAGUUCGGCUGGGAACUUAACAACGAUGCUGAAACACUCCGACAAUAUCGACUAGAGCUAGUAGAUGAAAAUGCCAACGUCACUCUGUUCAAGGGAGAGUAUGCUCGACUUGGCGCAUUUGAACGACUUCGACCACCGUUUGAUCAGAAGAAUCCAUUCCCAGCUACUAUAGUCGAAAAUCGCGAAUUACACACAGAGAAAAGCGAACGCAGUUGUCGACACAUCGAAUUCGCUGUUGAAGGUUCGCGUAUUCGCUACGAGUCUGGCGAUCACCUCGCAGUUUUUCCCACCAAUGACCCAGAGCUUGUAGAAGCUAUGAUCUCACUAUUAGACUUUAAUCCUGAGCAAGCGUUCCGAUUAAUCAAUAUCGAUGAAGAAUCUUCAAAAAGAAAUCCUUUCCCUUGCCCUUGCACCUAUCGUACGGCCCUUACACACUACGUUGACAUAUGUGCACCAAUGAAGAGUCACGUACUAAAGGCUAUCAGUGAAUAUUGUACAGAUGAAGGAGAGAAACUGCAUCUUUCAUUGUUGUCUACAGCUAAUGAGGAGGGAUUGAAAGAAUACUCGCAAUACAUCGUGAAAGAACGUAGAUCGAUUAUUGACGUACUUCGAGAACAUCCAACUUGCAAACCGCCAAUUGAGUACCUGUUGGAAUUAUUGCCACGUCUACAGGCGCGUUACUACAGUAUCGCUUCAUCACCCAAGCACAAAGAAAAUCGAAUUGCCAUCUGUUGCAUCAUUACUAGGUAUACUGUAGGCGACAGACUAAUCAAAGGAGUCUGUACGAACUAUUUAUUGGGAAAGAAUGUGAACGACCACACGCCCGUGUUUGUGCGCAAAUCUCAAAUGCGCUUACCUCAUCGAACCACUACUCCAGUCAUAAUGAUCGGUCCUGGAACUGGUUUUGCACCGUUCAGAGCAUUCAUCCAAGAGCGAAAAUUCCAAAAAGAUCAAGGCAAAGAGACCGGACCAAUGAUGCUCUACUACGGAUGUCGUCAUCCAGAAGAAGAUUUUAUAUACAAGGAUGAGAUAGAACAAAUGGUGUCCGAAGGAGUGAUCACGGAUCUGGUCUGCGCAUUUUCACGAACACAAGACCAUAAAGUUUAUGUACAGCACAAACUCUGGGAAAAUCGUGAAAAAGUAUGGGCGGCUAUCGAAGCUGGUGCACAUAUCUACGUAUGCGGUGAUGCACGAAACAUGGCUCGCGAUGUACAAUAUACUGUGCAACGUAUAUUCCGUGAAGUAGGCGGUAAAACCGAAGAAGAAGCAACGAAGCUAUUCAAAGAUCUGGAACGACAACGACGGUAUCAAGCUGAUGUUUGGUCAUAGUACCAAUACUCGUCAUAAGAACCUUUUUCUCGGAAAAGGAAAAUCUUGUUUGACAUAGUCUUUGAGAAGAAGGUGUAUGUCUAUCUAGCAGUAAGACUCCAAAGAAUUAUAGUU